GCGGGGGAAGAUGGCGGCGAAUGUCCCACAGCGGGCCUGGACCGUGGAGCAGCUUCGCAGUGAGCAACUGCCCAAGAAGGACAUUAUCAAGUUUCUCCAGGAUCACGGUUCAGAUUCGUUUCUUGCAGAACAUAAGCUAUUAGGAAACAUUAAAAAUGUGGCCAAGACAGCUAACAAGGACCAUUUAGUUACAGCCUAUAACCAUCUAUUUGAAACUAAGCGUUUCAAAGGUACUGAAAGUAUAAACAAGGUGUCGGAACAGGUGAAAAAUGUGAAAGUUAAUGACGACAAACCCAAAGAAAUCAAGUCUGAAGAAACCCUGGAAGAGGGCCCACCAAAAUAUACAAAAUCUGUUCUUAAAAAGGGAGAUAAAACCAACUUUCCUAAAAAAGGAGAUGUUGUUCAUUGUUGGUAUACAGGAACACUACAGGAUGGUACUGUUUUUGAUACUAAUAUUCAAACAAGUUCAAAGAAGAAGAAAAACGCCAAGCCUUUAAGUUUUAAGGUUGGAGUUGGUAAAGUUAUCAGAGGAUGGGAUGAAGCCCUCUUGACUAUGAGUAAGGGAGAAAAGGCUCGCCUAGAGAUUGAACCAGAAUGGGCUUAUGGAAAAAAAGGACAACCUGAUGCCAAAAUUCCACCAAAUGCAAAACUAAUUUUUGAAGUGGAAUUAGUGGAUAUUGAUUGA